AACUCUGGAGAAUAGAACUUCAGAGCUUGCAGAUUCACUGUCUACAUCUAUUACAAUCUGUAGAAGUGUCUCUGAAGCAUUUGAAAUAGAUAAGACAAUUUUGAAGGAAUCAAACAAGUCUAAUAAUGCAUAUGAAGACCUGAUUGACGAAAUGUCAGAGAAUACAGUUGACCCUAGUAACCAGGUAUCAGGAGUUAAUGAAGAAACUCUGAUGAGAUUAGAGAUUGCAAAACUUCA